AUGAGCUCCAGCCAGCCAGGGACCUGCCCGUGCCAGCAUGCUGCAGGCCGCCCAACCAUUCUGUAUGCACUUCUGAGCCCCAGCGUCAGGGACUGGCCCUCUGUGCCCCCAGCCCGUGGCCGCUGCCUGUGCAGGCAGCACCGGCCCGUCCGGCUGUGUACUCCCCAUCGCACCUGCCGGGAGGCCUUGGAUGUUCUGGCCAAGACGUUGGCCUUCCUCAGGAACCUGCCGUCCUUCUGCCAGCUGCCCCCCCAGGAUCAGCGACAGCUGCUGCGGUGCUGCUGGGGCCCCCUCUUCCUGCUUGGGUUGGCCCAAGACAUUGUGACCUUCGAGGUGGCUGAGCUCCCAGUUCCCAGCAUACUCAAGAAGAUCCUGCUGGAGGAGCCCAGCGGUGCAGGCAACGGCCAGGUGCCGGGUCGGCCCCAGCCCUCACUGGCUGCGGUGCAGUGGCUUCAGUGCUGCCUGGAGUCCUUCUGGAGUCUGGAGCUGGGCCCCAAGGAAUAUGCCUACCUGAAAGGGACCAUCCUCUUCAACCCUGACGUGCCAGGCCUCCACGCCUCCACCCACAUCGGGCACCUGCAGCAGGAGGCGCACCAGGCCCUAUGGGAGGUCCUGGAGCCCUGGUGCCCAGCAGGCCAAAGCCGCCUGGCUCGUGUCCUCCUCACGGCCUCCACCCUCAAGUCUGUUCCACCCAGCCUGCUUGGAGACCUGUUCUUUCACCCUGUCAUUGGAGACGUUGACAUCGCUGGCCUCCUCGAAGACAUGCUUUUGCUGAGGUGA